AAUUAGUAUGUAAAAAUUUUAGAGAAAUAAGUUUUUUACUUAAUUUUUCGAAAACUUUUUUGCUAUAAUUUUUGAAUCGCGAAUUUCCGGACACCUUAUACAUAUAUAUUAUGUUACGUAUCAACAGUAAGUAAAAAUAGGUAGCAUAAUAAAUAUGUUUAAAAGUGUUAAAUAAUAAUUUGUCGAAUCCAAUGUUCAUCUUAAUUAUAAAAAUCAAGUCUUUAUGUUCAAGUUAAUAACAACCAAGAUAGAGGUAAUGCGAUGUAAUAUACUAACUUAAUUUCACUUGCGUAAGCGAUGACGAAUCGGAUGCUUUAAUAGAAAGAUUGUGUCAGAGCAUCAGCAGUCGACCGUCAACUUUUAACGUGUAACAUUGUGCUCUGAUAUCGUCUUUGUCAUCAACAGCAGAAAAUAUUAGAUAGAUAAAAUAUUCAAGAACCAAAUUGGUUAUAAAAAAGUGCAAAAAUUUGUUUAAUAGUAAUACACAUAUAUACAUUAACAUGAUAUAUAUAAUCGCUUUGUCGGUGAUAGCAGGUGCUCUGGGAAUUUAUUAUUUCCUCUUCAAGGAUCUACAUUAUUUUAAAAAAUAUGGCAUACCAUACAAGCCACCUAUUCCUUUAUUGGGAAAUAUGGGACCACCGAUCUUGCGUCUUAAGUCGAUGGCUGAACUUGUCAAGGACAUAUAUGAUGUACAUCCUGAAGCUAAGUACGUUGGUAUGUUUGACAUGACCGUUCCAAUUGUAAUGAUUCGCGACACCGAACUUAUUAAAUCUAUCACGUUAAAACACUUCGAGAUAUUCCCGGAACAUCGCACUUUCAUAGAUGAAAAUCAAGAUCCAUUAGUCGGUAAAAAUCUUUUUUCCCUUCGCGGAGACAAAUGGCGGCAAGUACGAUCAUCAAUGAGCCCAGCCUUUACAUCCAGCAAAAUGAAAACCAUGUUUAAACUAAUGUCGGAAUGUGGAGUCGAUUUCAGUAAUCACUUGGCGCAAUUACCUCCGGAGCAGAGAAUAAUGCAGAUGAAAGACGUGUUUACGAGAUAUACUAACGACGUGAUUGCUACUUGCGCUUUUGGCAUAAGUAUUGAUUCCAUGAAAAACCAGGAGAAUGAAUUCUAUGUAUACGGCAAAGAAGCAACCAAUUUUACCAGUAUUUCUUUUUUAAAGUUAUCCAUAUUUAGAAGUAUGCCUUGGUUGGCACAAAUAAUCGACUUGAAAAUCAUUCGUAAGAAAAUAGCAGAUUUCUUUCGAAACAUCAUAAAAACCACUAUAAAAACUAGGGAUGAGAAUGGUAUCGUCCGUCCUGAUAUGCUGCAAUUGUUAAUGGAAACUAGGAAUAAAGAGGGCAAGGAAUUAAAUAUAGAUGAUAUAGUAGCACAGGCAUUCAUCUUUUUCUUUGCUGGUUUUGAUAGUACUUCAACAUUAAUGUGUUUUGCCGCUCAUGAAAUCGCCGUAAAUAAAGACAUACAAGAAAAACUUCAAAAGGAGAUCGACAAGGUUUUGGAAGAAACAAAUGGACAAGCACCUUACGAAGCGAUUAACGGUAUAGAAUAUUUAGAUGCUGUGAUUAAUGAAGCUCUCCGAAUGUAUCCGAUUGCUGUAAUGACAGACAGAUUAUGCGUAAAAGAUUUUGAACUACCGCCAGCAUUACCAGGAUUGAAACCACUUUCUUUAAAGAAAGGACAAGGCAUAUGGAUACCGGUUUAUGCACUUCAGCGUGAUCCCAAUUAUUUCAAGGAGCCGGAGAAAUUUGAUCCCGAACGGUUUUGUGGUGAACAGAAGAAAGAUACUCUCAACUCUGGAGCCUAUUUUCCUUUCGGUCUUGGUCCCAGAAUGUGUAUUGGCAACAGAUUCGCAUUGUUGGAGACAAAGGUCUUACUCUUUCAUUUACUGGCCCGUUGCGAGUUGAAAAUUUGCGAGAAGACGCCAAUACCACUCAAGAUCGCUAAAGAUACCUUCAAUAUGAAAGCUGAAGGUGGUUUCUGGUUGAAGGUGUUACCAAGAAAAGAUGCGCAUCACACUGUGGUAACGAGUCCUGUCGAUAGAACAUGCUAUAUAUAAAAUGGGAACAGAAAUGAAAGACAUUUCUCUCUUUAAUUGUCCGACAAGGAGACUACUUCUGUUGCUGCAAGAAAUAAUGAUAUUUUUGCAUUACAAAUAUUUCCGGAAUACAAAACAGUCAUAUUAUCUUUUAUAUGUUUGUUCGAAAACGGCAAAAGAAGAGAGCAUGAAAAAGAUUCACGAAUUGAAUAUUGUUUCUUAUCUUGCGUUGUCAUUAUCGAUCCAUUUGUAAUGUCUUUUUCGUGGUGUAGAUGUAUAGUUAUUAUUAUUAUUGUAAUCACUUGUACUGCUUGAUUGUGUUUCUAUAAUUUUUAUAAGAAAUAUUUUCAAAAUUUUCCAUAGAAAGACAUAUUAUGCAGACAAGAGCGAUACAACAAAAUUAUUUAGGCAAGCAAUUGCAUAACUAAGUUGCUGUUAAUUUACAUAUAUCAUGUUAUAACUUAUCAAUUUAUCAACAGUAAAUAAAAAGCAUAGGUAAUACAACAAGUAA